AUGGUUCUAGGGCUAAAUGUCCUUAUAUGUCGACAUUUUAACAAGGACAUUCCUGAAGACGGCCUCAAAUCAACUGAAGACGCCUAUUCUCGUGGUUGGGCUCCACAUGACGAUGAGUACUGGAUUUUUUUGAACGGAAUUUGUGUAGGGUUUGGUGUGGUUUUCGAUCUCGUUCAGUGUCUGAUCCAGCGCGCCCUUCUCUAUGCCACAUCGGACAUCCGGCAAUGCUAUGUGUUGGUGAAAAAGGCACUCUACCGGCAGGGCGUAAAGAAGGUUAUCCUGAUUCUGCACUCCCAAGGCGGUAUCGAGGGUGGCAUGAUACUAGACUGGCUCCUCGAUGAAGUUCCGCAGGAUCUCCUUCAAUAUCUCGAGGUGUAUACUUUCGGCUGCCUUGCAAACCACUUUAGCAAUCCGUAUCGUAGCAUCACCCCGUCCGCUGCUACAGCCGAGUUUUCUGCACGCGAGGUGGUAGCAUUUGAGGACAUCCACGGGCGCGCUAUCUCACAUAUCGAACACUACGCUAAUGCCUACGAUUUUGCCAGCAGAUGGGGAGUGCUCAACUUCACCAAGGCGAAGCCUAAAGACCCUCUUGAAAAUUGUUUCAUGGGCAAGGUUUUUGUGAAUCCAAGGGCGGGCCAUCAGCUCAACCAGCAUUACCUUGAUUCUAUCUUCCCUCUUGAUCCAACAGGGCGCUUCACACGCGACCCCGAGGAAGAGGACUUCAUGGACAUGGAUGUCUUGAUUAAUGCCGCAGAUGAUCGGAUCGAGAGGGGAAAUGAAUUAAUAAUGGGAUACAACAUGCAUCGCGAGGCUGAUAGCCCCAUCUAA